AUGGUAGCCUUGUGGUUUAUCCUGGGCCUUCUCGCCCUAAUCGCAGGGAGCUCUGCCAAUGAUCCCUGCGAAACGUAUCUUGGAUCAAGUGCCGCUGAUAUCAUUCGUACCAGCAUGACCACUCGGCAGGGAACGAUAACUGUAAUGGAUAAAAUUAUCAUUCCAACUUUUGCUGUCAACAUCACGAAGUCUAAUACCAGACUGACCUGGGUAAAUGUAACGGAUGAGACCACCAGUCAACGUAACAGCACUAUCGGUAUCACCACGACAACUACCAUCACAGUGACAUCCACGAAGCUGGCUACAGUCACUGCAAGCCUUGAAGCCAAGAUAGCCACCAUCACGGUUACCAAUCCGAACUUUGUCAACCGAACAGAAACCGUGACAAAGACAGAGACGAACAGGAAUACCGUCACGACCACGACAUAUUUUACCACGACUAUCGGACGACGGCCUGGCUUUACCGCCAUUAGAGAUAAUAUGGAAAGGAUAUCUUCUGAGCUACAGGAGACUACUACAUCGGUCGGGCUUGCCGCUAAGCUGUUCUUCCAUGUUGUAUCGGUAACCUGCACUGAUAACUUGCCGAUAAAGAAGACCGUGACCACCACGAGCUUCAGAGCGCAGACUCAGAGCCUUCCUAAGCCUUCCACUGCGACUUCCACAGUGACGGUCUGGACAACUAUCAACCAGACUGAGUAUCCUCCUGACCUCGCUACCACGGUGACUACUACUGUUCUCCCCAUCCAGACGGCACUUAUCAACGUGACCAAGACCAUCACCAUUGAUGGGACGGUCACGUUGGAAAGACAUAUUCCUCAAAAGACGCACUACCAAGUCUGCGAUCAGAACGGUACCAACUACCUCUCCUGGAUGCCAGGAUCGAGUCAGUCCGACAAACGCAUGAUCAACGAAUUCUCCCGCCAAGACCACGAGAUAAACCCCACUGAAAUAAAAGUCGACGACGCCAUCGCCUGCUGCAACGAGUGCAUGAAGCGCAAAUACUGCCGCGUCAGUUUCUGGGGACGACCCCCCGGCGCAAAACGAGAAGCGCGACACUCGUGCUAUGUAUACAUGACUAUCAGAAGGGAGCAGUGUGUCGGAUCCGAGUGUUGA